GCGCGCAUUGGAUUAGCACAUGCGCAGUGGAGAUGUACGUUUUGUUCCCAAACAGCAGCCGAGCAGAGAUCAGAGAGCAGAUGGAGGGACUUUGAAGUAUUUGAUCACAUAAUUCUCGAAACAACAGGCAACGCUUCUGCUUUCACUUCCUCAGUGUGGACUAACUUUGGAGAGGAAACCCCCCUUUAACCAUGGCUGCUGCUGCUAAUGCUGCCACAUCUUCCAAAGGCAGCCUAAAGGAGGAUCUGACAUGUGCCAUCUGCUGCGACCUCUUCCGGGACCCUGUCAUGUUGGCCUGCAUGCACCACUUUUGCAAGCCCUGCAUCUCCAGGUACUGGAGAGGAACUCAGGGACCUGUCACCUGCCCACAGUGCCGCAAAGAGUUCAGCUGCAAGCAGUUUCAAACGAACUACCUUGUGACAGCCAUGGUGGAAAAAGUCAGGGCCACCACCUCGGACACUUAUCUCAAGAACCUGGAGAAACAACUAAAGGAGACUUUGGAGAACCACCGCCUGAGGAAGGAGGACUUCAUCAACAGCAUUCGCAGAGACAAAGACAAGAUGGAAACCAUAAAGAAACUAGGAGCAGAUCUACAGGCUCGUGUCAAAGGAGAGUUCAGAGCUCUCCAACAGAUCCUGCAGGAUGAGGAGACCUGCAUGCUGGAGCAGCUGAGGAGAGAGCAGGAGGAGGAGCUGGAGAAAGUCCAGCACCACCUGGAGGCCAUCGAGGUGGCUCUGAGGGAGCUGGAGGAAAACAUGAGGGUGCUGCAGCAGGCCAGCGCGGACACUGAGAACGUUGUGGUGACAGAGCUCCCACAGCUGAGGCCAUGUGUGCGGGCAGAUACUGCUCCAGAGUUUGACAUAAACGUCUUCAGCAACAAGUACAUGGCUCCUCUGCAGUACAUCACAUGGAGAAAAAUGUUUAAGUCUUUGAAGCCAGGUCUUUCCCCGUUAACGUUUGAUGUCGACACAGCCCACCCCAGCAUCUACAUCUCCAGGGACAAAACUGUGGCGGUUGAAUGUGAAGCUGUGAUCCCACAUAUGGGCCACAACAAGCGCUUCCUCCAGUGCAUCAACGUCUUGGCGGCCCAGGGCUUCCAGUCAGGCCGCCACUACUGGGAGAUAGAAGUGGGCUCCAAAUCUAAGUGGGACCUGGGCGUGGCCUCUGAAGCUGUAGACCGCCAUGCUCGGAUCAAGCUAAGCCCCGAGAGCGGCUACUGGACGCUGCGGGUCCGCAAUGGGGCCGAGUACUCGGCCGGCACACAGCCCUGGACCAGGCUGCAGCUGGGAUGCUCCCCUAGGAGGAUUGGUGUUUUCUUGGACUGCGAGGAGAGGAGGGUGUCCUUCUACAACGCUGACGACAUGAGUCUGCUGUACUCGUUCACCAACGGGCCGAGGGGGAAGGUGUUCCCCUUCUUCAGCCCUUGUAUCAGCGAUAACCAACAGAAACCUCAGCCAAUCAAACUCAUCCACUACCCGCCCGUAGCUCUGUCAGGCUAAAGCGGGUCCAAUCAAUGGAAGCUUUGCAGUAUGUAAGAGCUGUUCAUUCAUUUAUUGACCAAUGACUGUUAUCUCCUAGUUAUUAAGAUUGACAACUGCCAUUGUGAAUUUUUUGACUGUUCUCUCCAUGCUGUAGCUUUGGGUCAUUGCUGGAUGCUUUUAGUUUUUGUCUGAAAUGGACUUCAAUAAUCUUUGAAAUCUUCUGAAGCGACCACAUUAUGUGCUUAAUAAAUGUAAUUAUUCUGUAAUCACUUGGAAAAGGGGAAAUUCAUUUUGCUGAACCUAUCAGCAGAACAAUAUCCAAAACACUUUUUGAACUAACAGAAGAUGAAGCAUUUAAUUACACAUUAAGACAAACUGGCCCUUCACUGUUCAACCAAAAUUAUCAUUUAUGAUAAUCUGGGUCAUUAUCUCCCAUCCAGUGAGACUGGCCUUUAGCAAAAGUGUUUUUAAAUCACCAUGUAGUCCAAUCAGCAUCAAGGAGUCGUGCACUUUACUUUUGAGUUUUUAUUUUUCAGUAAUUGGUUUAUCAUGUUUUAAACAUAAGUUUAAAAUCAAACCCUUGUGCAUUUAUAUUUUAUAAUGAAUUUUCUGACUUGCAAAGCACCAACAUGUAACUUUGAGCACCUUUAAAGUUUUGUAGAAAACCUCCAAUAUCUGUUGAUUAGUUUUUUUUUUGUUGUACAAUCUUUUACAUACAGCACACGGGCCUUAGUUUGAACACAUGAUGUGUUGCUGUCUUAUUUUUAAUGUUUUAUCUCUUAGAAACAUGUCAAGUCAAGUUCUUUGCAGUAUGGAAUCUAUGCAGUAUAUUUCACAUUGUUUUCAUGACAUGUCAAUCAUUUCCUGACAAAGACCAAAAACAAGUGUUGUAAAACCUGCUGAUUCAAAUAAUAAACCAAAUCACUCUUUCUUUGAAACAAA